UUCUCUCUCCUCCCUUCCCUGACCUCGAUUCUUUACUUCUCGCUUCUUGACGUUCUCAGCAGCCCCAUCUGGCACCGGAAGAGAAUCACUGCACCUUCCAAUAGAGCCAUCAUUCCCCGCAGCCCCCUGGAAUAUCCACCCAGCGACUGGGGAAAUACAGCCAUGCUGACAAAAAAACAGCUAAAGGGAAACCAAAGGGGAAGAAAAUAAGGAAAUAGAGUUUUUGGCGACGCACAAGCUAAAGAGCGAGAAUUCUCCCCAGCGCAGCCCUAUAGGAGGAAGGCAAUUAAAUGCUAAUUAAUUAGCACGGGCCGCUCCCUGUAUGUUUUGCUUUGGAAAUAUCUCUGGUUUGCAUCAACCCAGCUCGCGAGAUGCCAUCUCCUCCCGACUCGGCAAACGCUGCAGCUGAUUGCGUGAGGCUGUGAUGCUGGCACCUACCCCCUGCUCCUGAUUUGCAUAUGUAAUGCAGCCAUACUUAAUGACUCAAAGAAUCAGUGGUCUCAGUACAUGUGCGGAGAGCAAGAACGCAGUGAGUGCCAAGACCAGGGAGAAAGAACAAGAAAUCCAAAAAGAGGAACAUUUGAUGGAAGAAAAGAAAAAGAAAAAGCAGGAAGAAAAAAAGAAGAAGGAGGGAGCUCAGAAGAAGGCUGCUGAACAAAAAACCAAAGUGCCAGAACCAACCAAGACCGUUUCCCAGCCCCAACCUGCUGCUGCCAGUACUCCCACCAGCACUGUCCAAAAUAGCAAUGGCAAACGGGCAUCUGCCAACGGCCAGCAGUCUGCAGCCUCACGUUACCUGCCACGUGAGGUGCCGCCACGCUUCCGUCAGCAAGAACAGAAGCAACUUUUAAAGAGAGGCCAGCCAUUGCCUGCUGGGACUUUGGCCAUUGGUAACCCCACACAGGAUACUGGACAAGCAAGGGUUAGUCCCCCUCCACCUCAAGGGGCUGGUGGAGCCCCCCAUCCCACAAAGAACCACUCUGAUCUCAGUCACAGUGGUUUGGGUGACCAUUAUGAAAAUUCCCACUGGGGACUGCAGCCUUCUCUCCGAGGUGAAACCGGUUGUAGCUGGGAUAAAGUGAUAAUAGACAGGACUGACAAGGAAGCGUGGCCUUCCAUUACAGGAACUGAGAGUGAAUCUGCCUCAGAAUGUACUACAGACACUGACUCUGCCUCCAACUGUGGCUCAGAGAAAAGUAGCAUGGCUACUAGUGCCCAAGGCAACUUCACUGGACAUACCAAGAAAACAAAUGGCAAUAAUGGCACCAAUGGAGCACUCAUCCAAAGCACUUCUAACCAGAGUGCCCUUGGAGCUGGUGGGGCAAAUGGUAAUGGGAACUUAGCGAGAGUUUGGGGUGUAGCUCCAGGCUCCAGCUCUGGCAUUGCUCACUGCCCUGUCAGUGGUGGGGAUGGCAAGGUGGACAGCAUGAUUGGGGAGAGCAGGAGUCAUAACUGCUGGGGAGCUUCCAACCCAAAUACUGGCAUCAAUCUUAACCUUAACCCUAAUGCCAACCCAGCUGCUUGGCCUGUACUUGGACAUGAAGGGACAUUGGGAGGUGGGAGUCCUUCCAGCAUUUCAAGUUCAAUUGGUGCCAUUGGACAGAAUAUGGGCAGUCAGAAUGGAAAUGCAACUGGUACUUUAGGUGCCUGGAGGAACCUGCAGUCACAAGAGAGCACAGAACCACAAACGUCCAAUUCUCAGAAUGUGUCUUUCAGCGUACAACCUCAGAACCUUAACACUGAUGGACCAAAUAACACUAACCCCAUGAAUUCUUCACCAAACCUUAUUAAUGCAAUGCAGACAAAUGGACUGCCAAACUGGGGGAUGGCUGUGGGAAUGGGGGGCAUCAUCCCACCCCACCUGCAAGGCCUUCCUGGUGCUAAUGGUUCCGUUUCUCAAGUCGGCGGGGUGGGAGGUGACAGCACGGCCAGCUCCAUGUGGGGCUUGUCACAGGGCGGCCCUUCUGUAGGAAGCUGCAAUUCAGGGUUCAGCCAGGAGGGAGGAGAUGUUGUAAGCUCUAAACAAAAUGGCUGCACAGUUCAGAAAGAUAACAGUGGAGUCAGUGCAUGGGAUUCAGGACCACCUACUAGCCCUGGAAUGCUGGCUUGGGGGAGAGGUAGAGGCAAUGUAGGAAGCAUGCAUCCCGGGUCAUGGGGUCAUACUGGACAUAGCACAAGUAAUGGUGUGAAUGGUGAGUGGAGUAAGGUCCCAAACCAGCAUUCCAGCAACGACAUCAAUGUAAAAGGAUCAACAGGAUGGGAUAGCCCCAGUGUUAACAUGCAGAACACUGUCACACAGCAGGGAAGUGAGCAAAUGAAUGCCAGGGCCAAAACUGUUACAUCUGGCAAUGCAGCUAAUGACCGAUGCAACAGUGCUGGAAAUCAGAAUGAAGGAAAAGGCGGAGAUGGUCAACAGGGAGAUAAUGUCAUGCCAGAUGACGGGCAGAUGCAGUUGCCAAGACAAGAUCUUGAUCCUAGAGUCCUUUCCAAUACUGGCUGGGGACAGGUCCCAGUGAAACAAAAUAUUGCAUGGGAAUUCGAAGAAUUUCAGCGUCCCGAUCAUAAAAAUGUUGGGACAGAGGCCUGGGGGGGUUCAAAUACUCAGCCUUCAAACUCAGGGGGAAAGAGUGAAGGGUCCAUCAUGAACAGUACCAAUACCUCUUCAGUAUCGGGGUGGAUGAACGCCCAACCUGUUUCUGCUCCUGUAAAUGCAAGUUGGGGUGAUAAAACGCCAAAUGGUCCAGGGGGGUGGGGGGAACACGCAAGCUCUACUGUUGUCAAUGCUGCUGCCAAAAGUGGUCACACUUGGAGUGCGUCCACUAAUCAGGAGGACAAAUCGCCCACCUGGAGUGAGCCUCAUAAGUCCAAACCCCAAGGAUGGGCUGACGGGCAAAAAUCCAAUGCAAGCUGGAAUUCUACGAGUGGAGAUUGGACUGAUGGGCCAUCUGUUCCGCCACAUAUGACCGAUGGAAAGAAAAAUGGGACAGGCUGGGACUCUGACAGUAAGCCUGGAUCUGGGUGGAAUGAGAAUUCACGGCCUGGGACCAGUGGGUGGGGAAAUGGCGCAAGCACCAAGAAUAAUUCCGGUACAGGCUGGGGAGAGCCGCUGAAAGCUCCUCAGCAAAACUGGGCCAAUAAACCCCAAGAGAACAAUUUGAGUGGGUGGGGAGGAGCAGCAACUGUAAAGCAAAAUGGAUCUGUAUGGGUUGGUGGACCGGUGCCAGCAACACCACCAGCCAAACAAAAGGAUGCUGGAGCUGGAGCUGAACCCACAGGCUGGGAAGAGCCUUCUCCACCAUCUAUACGCCGUAAAAUGGAAAUAGAUGAUGGUACCUCAGCUUGGGGUGAACCAAGCAAUUAUAACAGUAAAACUGUAAACAUGUGGGAUAGGAAUAAUCCUGUAUCUCAGACCAUCCCUGCAGCGAACACCAACUCCACCGCCGCCCCUACCACCCCUCCAAAUACCAAUAUGGUUGAACCUCAGCCAACUCAUCAGCCAAGUGCCCAGCAAAACCGAUCCCCACUGCUCGGUCCAGGCUGGGGAGAUUUGCCUCCUGUAAACUCAAAGACUGAAGCCUCCUGGGGAGAACCCCCAUCCCCAUCUGCUGCUGUUGACAAUGGCACUUCGACAUGGGGGAAGCCCUCCAACAGCAAUUCAGGUUGGGGGGAUGGCUCUGUGGAACCUCCUGGAACUUAUGGAAGGACAUGUGCUCCUGCUGCUGCCGCCCCCAUGCUGUGCAAACCAGCUCCCAAAUCUAUGCAAGAAGGCUGGGGUAGUAGUGGAGAGGAGGUCGGCCUUGCCAGCCAGUGGGAAGAAGAUGAGGGAGACAUGUGGAAUAAUGCUACUUCUCAAGACAGUAACUCUUCCUGCAACUCCUGGGCCAAAAAAGGACUUUCAAAGGUCAUAAAGACUCCAAGCAAGUCCGACGAGGUCUGGAUCAUGUCCCGACUGACUAAACAGCUCACUGAUAUGGGCUUCCCGAAAGAGCCUUCUGAAGAGGCCUUGAAAAGUAACAAUAUGAAUCUGGACCAGGCCAUGAGCGCUCUCCUGGAAAAGAAGGUGGAAAUGGACAAGCGUGGAUUAGGAUUGGCAGACUAUAAUGUGAUGGUCUCCAAACCCCUGAGCUGCCGCCAGCCACCAAACUCCAAAGAGUCUUCCAUGGACCGCCCCACUUUCCUUGACAAGCUCACCAUCUCCCUCUCCAAUCAGGAUGGCGGCCUAGCGGAAGAGCCCACUUCUUCACCAUUUUUGCCUUCACCAAGCCUGAAGCUCCCCCAUCCAAACAGUGCACUCCCUAAUCAGGCCCUGGGUGCAAUGACAGCAGGGCUUAGCAUGCAGAACUUGAAUUCCACUAGACAGAUGCAGAGUGGCAAUAUGGGUAUGUUUGGCAAUAGUGGAGCAGCACAAGCCAGGUCCAUGCAGCAACAGCAACAGCAGCAGCCACCAGUGCAACCUCUCAACUCAUCCCAGCCUAGUCUUCGUGCUCAAGUGCCUCAGUUCUUAUCCCCUCAGGUUCAAGCACAGCUUUUGCAGUUUGCAGCAAAAAACAUUGGUCUCAACCCUGCACUAUUAACUUCGCCAAUUAAUCCUCAGCAUAUGACCAUGUUGAACCAGCUCUAUCAGCUGCAGCUGGCGUAUCAGCGUUUACAACUCCAGCAGCAGAUGUUACAGGCUCAGCGCAAUGUUUCCGGACCCAUGAGACAACAGGAGCAGCAAGUCGCACGCACAAUCAAUAACAUGCAACAGCAGAUACAGCAACAUCAACGGCAGCUGGCCCAGGCACUGCUCAUGAAGCAGCAGCAGCCUCCCCCUCCACAUGCUCCUUUGCACCCUCCAGCAGGCAAGUCUGCGCUGGACAGUUUCUCAUCCCAUACCCUGGCCCCCGGCCUGUCUGACCUUCACACCAAAGAGCAGCAGUCUUCAUUCUGCACCUUCCCCCCAUACCCACUUGUGGCUGGACUGAACCCCGGCAUGAAUGUAAACAACUUGGACAUGGCAGGCAGUUUGUCAGUGAAGGAUUCAUCUCAGUCCCAGUCUCGUCUACCACAAUGGACUCAUCCCAACGCCAUGGACAGCUUGACAAAUGUUGCAUCUCCACAUGACCCCACCCCCGGCAAGCCUGGUGCCCUUCCUGGUGGUCUGAGCAUUGGUCCUGGAAAGUCCUCUCUGGAUGACUCCUACAGUCGCUACGAUCUCCUGUCUAACAGCGAGUCACCAAAUAGUCCUCCUGUUCCCGUUUCUGACAGCUGGUCACGUGCCAAAUCUGAGAGUGAAAAAAUCUCCAAUGGAUCCAACAUCAACUGGCCUCCUGAGUUUCACCCCGGAGUACCUUGGAAAGGACUGCAGAAUAUUGACCCAGAGAAUGAUCCUGAUGUGACUCCUGGGAGCGUUCAUACAGGCCCUACCAUAAACACCACCAUCCAGGAUGUCAAUCGAUAUCUGCUCAAGAGCGGAGGUAAACUGUCUGAUAUCAAGUCAACGUGGUCAUCCAGCCCCAUCUCCCACACUCAAGCAUCCCUGUCUCAUGAGCUGUGGAAAGUACCGAGAAACACUACAGCCCCAUCCAGACCUCCUCCUGGACUGACCAAUGCUAAACCCUCCUCUGCCUGGAGUUCAAACCAACUGGGCUGGACAAGCUCCUAUUCCUCUGGUUCCACUUGGAGUACUGACAGCUCAGGAAGAACUAGCAGCUGGUUGGUCUUGCGCAACCUAACCCCACAGAUUGAUGGCUCUACCCUAAGGACACUGUGUCUGCAGCACGGCCCUCUGAUAACAUUCCAUCUGAACCUCACUCAAGGCAAUGCUGUGGUCAGAUACAGCUCCAAGGAAGAAGCCACCAAAGCUCAGAAAUCACUUCAUAUGUGUGUUCUGGGUAACACUACUAUCCUGGCUGAGUUUGCUGGCGAAGAGGAAGUGAACCGUUUCUUGGCACAAGGACAGCCGCUGCCCCCCACCUCCAGCUGGCAGUCUAACACUGGCAAUAGCCAGCCCCGUCUGGGAUCUGGAGGGGGUUCGCAUACCUUGCGCAGUGAUGCUGGACACUGGAACCCCUCAUGCCUUGGAAGCAAGGGAAACAAUGAUCUUCUUUGGGGAGGAGUCCCUCAGUACUCCAGCAGCUUAUGGGGCCCCCCUGGAACAGAAGAUGCAAGGAUCAUGCGCAGCCCAACUCCUCUCAACACCCUCCUGCCGGGAGAUCUACUGAGCGGGGAGUCCAUCUGAACAUUCUUAUGGGCGCAUCGAUCCAACAACAUAUGAAAUCAUCAGCACUAACAAAGAACAUGUAAAACAAUAUGGAAUCCUUCCCAACAUGGCUCCGAGAAGAAGAAUCCAGUCUCACCCGGCACUAGCCUUCUCUCCAUGCAGUAUCUUCUCUCAGUCAACCUCCCCACGGCACCCUUGUGAACUGUUGCAUCUAACAGUAUGGGUCGAAUGUGAGUGGGGGAGGAAGGAUUCAGGAGGAAGUAGAGGGAUCUGAGUUACUCAGUACAGUCUGACAAGUCUUUUUUGUUUGUUUGUUUUUUUUGCUUUUUUAAAGUUUCAGAAGUGUUCAAAGAAGACAAAAAAAAAACAUUAUCAAGCUGCUUCUGCUGGGACUAGAACUUAAGGGCACUUUCCACAUGGCAGGUCUGAAGCGGUUUACUUGGAGGGUAGUGGAUUUGGGAGGGGUGGGUUUUGAAAGCCUAUCUUUAAAUGAGCCUGGACUUUUAUGCACAUGAGGCAGGGCCCCAUCAAUCAGAAUGGGGGAGAAGCAAGCAAGAGAUUUUGUGUAUACACACUGGUCUGUGUACACUCGCAGCUAAAUGUAGUUAUAAGGUACGGAAACAGGCCCGACUCUACAGAAGGACUGGAGGAUCCCGUUUGAUCACCCCGUGGAUCUGCCUAUGCACAUAACCUUCGUCCAGAACAUCUGCCCCUGCCUUGCCAUCUUUCUUCUACAUCUUCUGAACCCUAUUUCUUUUCCUUCAGAGCACCAUAUCAUCUGAUUAGAUAUACUUGAAUCCAGCAGAUGAAAGCUGUUCUUUAGUUCUUAUCAGGGUCUCGAGGCCUCUGCUGUCAAUGGCACUUAAGGUCUUUGUGGACUUGUUUCAACAAAAUGAGAAAUGGCAAGCCCUGCCCUCUUUCCUCUCUUUAUUACCCCCCUUUGUUAAGUUUAUUAGGUAUCGAUUAUCUAAAGAUAGAUCUUUUUUUGGAAGUGGACAGUUCUUAGCCCAGGGAGUCAAAUUACUGCCUAUAUUUUUGUUUGCUCCCAUGGUUUCUGGAUCUUUUUGAAAUGAAACCAAUCAGACCGUCACUAAGCUUCAUUGCUCAGAGCAAAUGAUGGUUGCCAAGCCUGAGAAACGGAACCUUUUAAUUUGAUAAGAUUUAGUCCUGCACAAAUCAUGGCAAAACAGAAAUUUAUCAAUGCCAUUCAACUAAUCAGCAGACACUCUGGGGCAGCUCCCAAGAUAAUGUUGCAAUGAGCCAGACUGAAUAUUGUUAAAAACGUGGAGCAAUCACUUAGUCUAGUUAAUAGGGGUUUUAGAAGCCUUGAAGCUCUUGUGUUACUUUUGGGAACAGUGUUACCCUGCUUUUAUAAUAUGUAAGGAUAUUAGAAGUUGUCAAGUAUUCCAUGACCAUAUACAGGUCCCUGAACUAUUGGAGUAUCCUAAUAUUAAUGUAAUGUAGGGGGGGUACAGACAUUUCCAUAAAUCUUCUAAUUCAAACAGUUUCACUAAAUAACCUGUAUAAUGAUAUAUUCAUACUCCAUCAUCAUUGAUUUCUUUAUCACCAGAAAGUUAGACAGCACUUUACAAUCAUAUAUAACAAAAAUGGGUCAAUACAAUAAUGUAACAAACAAGGUUUACAGAAAACAUAUAUAUAUAGGAUAGACGGGCCCUGUCCCAAGAGCUUACAUAUAAAGGUCAUAUCAUUAUUUAAACUUUAAAGAAUAGCUUUCACUUUGUAGCUCUCUGUAUAUGUUACUAAGAAAUGGAUAGGAAAGGCAAGUUAGUGAUUUUAUUAACCAUAUUUACAUAUAUUUGGUCCUUUAAAGGAGAAGGAAAGCUACGGAGGCAUUUUAUUGCCAAUAGAUUAGCUGCAAUAGUGCAAGCUAGAAUGCUAUAUUUAUUCUGUAGAAUGUUUUACCAUACCUGAGUUAACAGCUAUAGAAACUCUCUUUGUUUAAGAUAGGAGCUGCAGUAUUAAUGUGGUGUGACAUCAUUUCCUGCCUGAGUCUCUCCCUGCUCUGGGCUCAAAUUACA